GAAAGAAUUGUCUUAGUCUUUCCGGUGUGGCGUUUGUUUGGCACUAUGGCGGCAGAGAAUUUGGCUGUUUGGACAGAAAUCGAAAAGGCUGAAAAAGAAAACAGACGAGAGUUGGUUCUUCACGGCGCUGCAGUCGAUGAGAAAAUAAAGACAAGCGGCGGGAUCCACCUGAGGCUUUAUACCCUGAACCUUCUCAACUACCUAGAAAUCAGUCAGUGUCCGAGUCUGCGCGAGCUCCAUGAAAACAUUAGAAACCUGUCUCACCUGCAGAGCCUCAUCCUCUGCAGGAACAAGAUCUCAGCAGUGCCUAAAAGUAUCGGAGAGCUGAAAUCGCUGAAAGUCCUGGACUUGUCAGUGAACGAGCUGCAGGCUUUACCAGAGGAGAUCUGUUCACUCAGCGAGCUGACCACGCUGAAUGUGAGCUGUAACAGCAUCGCGGCGCUUCCGGACGGGUUAAGCCGCUGCACCAAGCUGUCCAGCAUCAACGUGGGGAAGAACGCGCUGGUUUGUCUUCCUGAAGACCUGUGCUCCUCCAAACUGGAGCUGCUUAAUACCGUCAUCGCGUCUGAAAACAGCAUCGAGCAAUUAAGCACUGACAUCCACAACCUACUGGCGCUUAAGGUGUUGGACCUUUCCAACAACAAGCUCAGCGAAAUCCCAUUUGAGCUGGCUGACUGCCCCAAGCUGAAGGACAUCAACUUCAAAGGCAACAAGCUGAAGGACAAGCGGCUGGAGAAGAUGGUGAAUGGCUGCCAGACUAAGUCGGUGCUGGACUACCUGAGAGUCGGGGGUCGAGGGAAAGGAAAGGGCAAGCAGCUCGAUGCAGAUGGUGCUGAGCAGAGUGACAGGAAUCGUAAUGUCUCUAAAAAGAAGAAUGCUGCUAAACAGAGGGAUAAAAAGGGGGAAGAGGAUGCAAUGGAUGAGUUGAAAAAAAUGGUUGUUAAAAUCCUUCAUAUAUCUGAUUCCCCCUCUGCCAUGACGGUGAAAGUCUCCACUCAGGUGAAGGACGUGCGGCCGUAUAUCGUGUGCUGCAUCGUUAAAGGCAUGAAUCUGAAACCAGGAAAUGCACUCAAGAGAUUCUUGGCAGCUCAGACCAAACUUCAUGAUGACAUUUGUGGCAAAAGGACAACAGCUACUAUUGCAACUCAUGACCUGAGCUCACUGAAAGGCCCUCUACAGUAUGAUGCCAGACCUCCUGAUGUUCUGAGGAUAGUUCCUCUGGGUCGUAAGGAGAUGAAGGCCGGUGACCUGCUAAAGAUGCUCCAGCAAGAAGCAGAUGAACAAAGGAAACAGAAAAAGAGGCAGAAUGUGUCAGGCCUUCACAAGUACCUUCAACUGUUGGACGGGAAAGAUCAUUACCCUUGCCUGGUUGAUACUGAUGGUCAUGUGAUCUCAUUCCCUCCAAUCACAAACAGUGAGAGGACAAAGAUAAAAAAGACCACACGUGAGCUUUUCCUAGAGGUCACAAGCUCUACAAGUUUACAAACCUGUAAGGACGUCAUGGACGUGCUCAUUAUAAAAAUGGCGGAGCUGAAUAAGUUUACCUCUGACAAUAGAGAGGAUCCCUGUUCAGAUGACGAGGCGGACUCCGCCUCUAACCCAGCGACAGACGGCUUGGCCUCAGCUGAGCUGAGCGUGGUGCAGGUGAAGGUGGUGGAUGAGGAGGGUAAUCUGAAGGUCUUGUACCCAUCCAAAACUGACCUGACCUCUGACGUCAGGCAUCUGACCAUCAUCCGGUAACCAGCUUCAACAGACAACCCGUGAAAGCUGUGUUAAACUAGUAGCUGUGUGUAAAAGACCAGCAUCCAUAGGUAUACUGUAAACUUUCAUACUCAGUUUUUAAACAGUAGUUAUUGUCCGGUGCAAAAGUUUGUAUUCACAUGGUUUCUGGGUGGAUGCUCAGUUUUAUAAUUUGUUGAUCAGUAACAUAAUUCCAAUGGCGCAUAUUCUGCAAAAAAAACAAUAGUACAAAAACAAAAAGAAAAAUGAAUAUUUUCACCAUGAGAACAGUUCAUUGGCACGGUAUUGCUGGCUCACAGCUUCAGCUUCCCGUAUUUGAUCCGGUGCUCAGGUUACUGGCUGUGGGUAGAGUGUCUGAGCAUGUUCUCUUCUCUAGUUUUCACCCACCUCUCAAAAACAUACAUGUCUGUGGAUUGGCUAAAAGAAACAGAACGUGUGCUCUGUGAUGGACUGAUGUCCCUCACCAGUGUUACUGGGACCCACUACAAUCCCAGAGCAACAAAAAGAGCUAACUGAAAGUGUGUGAGUUUUGCCCUGAGCCUCCCUGUCUCUAGAUAUGAUCUAAAUGACACGUGACAUGGUUAAAACAGAUGUCUAAAAGAAUGUGUAGGGGGUCAAAUGUUAAUAGAGAAUCUAAAAAAAUGUUACUAGAGGAUCUAAAAGCUAAUCGAGUUAAUAGAUAAUAUCUGUAACAGGUCCUAAUUAUUUCUAAGAAUCUAUGAAACCCAACAGACUAAAUAGCUCCCUUAAAUCUUUACCUUUUUUUAAAAUUCAUAAUUUUGGUAACUUUUGCACUUGACUGUAAUUAUUAGUAAAGUUUUCUGUUAAAAACUGUACAAUAUCUUUCAGUUUUUUACUCAUUUGUACUUAAUUUCAUUUUCUUUUUUUAAACAGUUUAUUCAUUGCCAUUCAAUCUGGCCAUUACAAAUAGAAUAAAGCAACAGCUACUAGUAUGAGGAAAAAAUAUUCAACUAAGCACUUAUCACUAAAUAAAUAAACUUCAAAUCUA